UCUGGCGUCGGGAAAAUGAUACCAUGGCCAUCUGGGCGCAAACCGGAUCACAAUGUACCCAUGUAGGUAGCGUACACGUUUUAUCUCGCAUUCAUUUAAAGAAACAGCCCUAGAACUUCACUACCUUUGCCAGUGAACGCGUUCACGCGUCGGCACGUGACCGCGCGCUGUUCGACCCCGCAUCCUCCACUCUAAAGAGCCCAUCCCAGUCCUCAACGCCCUCACAAGUCCUCUGCUACAUCGACUCGACGAAACAUUGCAACCGCCGAAAUCAACAAAACGAAGAAGCUCACCAAACACCACACUACAUCAAGACCACCCGAAAUGGCUUCCAAGGGCUCCUCUUCCAAGCCGACCGGCACCAAUUCCGCGAGCAAAGAUGCGGGCUUCCGCAACUUCAAGCACUUCCUGGAGUCCUAUGGAUUGCGCCUGACGAGUCCGGAUGAUGUUGAGGAGGGCAAGGCUAUUCUGAGGGCCAUGGGGUAUUCGGUUUAGGACAGCAGGCGUUGCAGGCGGGCGGGUGCGUGACGGUUGACGGUUUAUGAAAGAUUUAUCCAAGAUUGAGUCCGGUCUUGCUAGGUUAUUGCCAAUGGCGGCCGCUGGGGCUUGUUAUGGUGAGAGCAGUGCGCCAGAGCUCCGCGUAGGAAAUGCAAAGGAUAUGCAAGAAAUGAUGAUGUUU